UGCAUUUGCAUAGUGAAUGGGAGAAUUAAAUUGGGUCUCGCUUAAUACUAUACUUGUCUAUGGCGAAUUGUCAUUAAACGCCAUCUACCGAUCGACAGAAAACUGACAGUCGACCGACCGACAGCAGACGGAAGAAUUUCAUCCAACCACUACCAGCCCACACACGUCUUUUCUUUCCUAUUCCAUUGUUUUCUGUCGCAAAAUACAAUCGUAAUUUCACGCAGCAGUGAUUUUUAUCAAACCCAAUCAAAACAUGUGUUAAAACUGGACAGUGUAAUAAAGUGUACAAGAGUUAGCGGUGUUAAAAAACAUAUUUCCAGGAAUGGAGCCGUCACCCACAAACUCCGACAUCUUACUAUCAAGAUUAUUAUGAAUUGAAACAGCGAACCCUCGCUGUUAUGUCUCCUCUUAAGGUUUAGUUUGUCAACACUCCACAAUGGACACACUGCAUGUGGGCCACGGGCACAGCGUCGGCUCCAGCAGGAGCCAAUCGCCGUCUUGUACGGAGUUAGCGCAGCCUGCCACCGACGCCAUCAGGUCCCGCGUGCAGUCGCCCUCCACCGCGCUCCACAGCGAGCCAUCAUCCAGCUCGUCGUCUCGUCAUGGCGACCGCGUCACGCAUCACGUCAAGUCGCAUUCACGAGACCUAGGCAGUAGUCCGCUGUCUCGGGACCUAGGUAGCAGUCCCGCUACCACCGGCAGCGUGUCUAGAGAUCUAGAAGAUUCUCCUCAGAAAAAGAUCAUAGCCGGCAUCAUCACGCCGGCCGAGUACGCAGCCGCGGUGUACCACAGUCCUAACAACACGUCUUACCUCUCAUCUGCCGACGAGUACGGCUCACCGGCCUAUAGAGCAGCAGAUGGUGACUACACGAACCAUGACGACAACGAUGGUGCGAACACAACGUCGUCUAAAGCGCAAGCCGCCAUCAUGCAUCUACAGAGCAAGGUCGAGCGGACUAAGGAGCUAAUACGACUGGAGCAGACGAUACGGGAUGACAACGUGAACGAGUACCUGAAGGUAGCGGCCAACGCCGACAAGCAGCAGCUGCCCCGCGUCAAAGCGGUUUUCGAGAAGAAGAACCAAAAGUCCGCGCUCUGCAUCGCGCAGCUGCAGAAGAAACUAGAAGGAUACAACAAGAGGAUCAAGAAUUGGGAGAUGGUGAUUUCACAGCAACACGGGUCGAGCGGGCAGGCGCACCGGCAGCCGAGGGAGGUGCUCAGCUAUAUGGGACAAGGAUUGAAGAGUGUAGGAGGCAACAUCCGCGACGGCAUCACGGGACUCGGCGGCAGCGUGAUGGCCGCGCCGAGAGAGUUCGCGCAUCUGUUCUCUCGCUCUAACCGCUUCGGCUCCGCGGACAACAUCUCGCAGCUGGCCGAAAACACAGGUCCUUCCCCACCACACGCGGAACUGAGAGCGAACGCGUCCUCCGAAGGCUCGCGCGCGUCCGAGGCAGGGGAGGCCGCGCCCAGAGGGUCCACCUUGCCCCGCGCUGCUACCUCGCCCGCGCCCAAGUUCUCCCCUGAGGCGUCCCCUAGCAGCAGUGUCACCAGUGAAGGCGCCGUAUACCCGACGCAGGCGGGCUCCAACAACUUGUCCGAAGCGGCGCUCAGCAUCAAGCCGAUCCUCAGUGAGCUGGCCGCGCGCCGGGAGGACUACGAAAGGCUUGCAGAGAAACUCGACGCGCUUAAGAAUUUAUCACAAGAGGUGUCAGACCUGACAGAGCGGUUGCAGGAAGAACGGUUCAAGACUGAGCGGUUAGAAGAACAAAUCAACGAUCUCACUGAACUACAUCAGAAUGAGGUUGAAAAUCUAAAGCAAGCGUUAACGGACGUAGAAGAGAAAGUGCAAUAUCAAAGCGAAGAGAGGAUACGGGACAUUCACGAAGCGCUCGAUCUCUGCCAGACUAAAAUUAGCAAACUAGAACAAUGGAUGGCGGGCGGCGUGGCGGGCGGCGGCGGCGCGGGCGGCGACGCGGGCGUGGCCGCGCUGCCGCCGCGGCUGCUGCUGGUCAAGCUGCUCAACGUGGCGCUCACGCUGCUGCAGCUGGCGCUGCUGCUCAUGGCCACCAUCGCCGGCGUGGCCAUGCCCUUCCUGCGCACUAGAGUACGAGUCCUAACAACAAGCUUAGCUGUAAUGGUGGGCGUGAUGGUCCUGAAGCAGUGGCCGGAGGUGACGCAGCUCUCCGAGCACCUGGUCCGGCGGCUCAAGGAGUACCUCCUCGACAAGCACCAUGACAGGUAUGAAUGCAAUGCGUUAUGUGGUUAACUAAACUGAAUUCGGCGUUAUUGGUGAAUUAGGUAAAAUAUUGCAAUUUAGUCCUGUUUGUUUUGUCAUUUUGCCAGCAAAAUAUAUCUAACAUGGACGAAAUUGUGUUAAAAUACUUAAGAUAAGUUAAAUAUAUUCCGGUUGUUGUUUGUGAAAAGUGAAAUUUGACGAUUAUUUUUGACAUAAUUGAAUCAUCUGAUUUAACUCGAUUUGACUAUUCAUUAGCGACAACUAGUGGUAUAUCAAACAAAUGACAUUUGAAAUGAAACAUUUGAUAUGGCUAUCAAUGAUAAAAAUAUUUUUGACAAUACUUUGACAGAAUUCUUAAACUGUUGUAUUGUAAAAUAGAAUACAAGCGGGGUUAAUUGGAAUGUAUGUUUUUUAUAUUAUUGUUUACUGAUGCCAACUUGUAUUUUAUUCUAUAAUCAAACGUGUAUAUUUUUUGUGGUGGCGUGGUGUUAAUCAAAUAAAUUUAAACUUUAUUUCGCACAGAACAAAGUUGCUUUUGUAUUUAAUCGUAUUCAAAAGCAUACAACAAAGAACUUGUUGUAUUAUUAAGCAAAUAAUUUGCAAUGUAUAGUAAGAUAGCUAGCUUAUCAUUGUCCUAAUUUUACUGUUUGAAUAUUUAUCCCACGCUGCUAAAGAUGAUUUAGUGUCAUGAAUGCUCAAAUAUACAUAAUAUUUUAGCCAAAAUGUACAGAGGCAUCUCAACGCAUGAUACUAAAAUUACUUACCUACCUAAAACUUUAGAACGUUUUGUCUGAACGAAAAUAUAUCAGUCGCUGUAUUAUGUGAAAAGCUACCUUGUGCCAAUUUAGAUUGGUUGUUUUUUUUUCACUUUUAACAGGCGUCUAGGACACUUUUCGCUAUCGGCUAUAGUAGACUAAGUCAGUCAAGUGGGCUGUCUCGACAUAUAACAGUGAUAUUCAUAGCUGUAUGUUACUUUAGUUGCGCUUUAGUAUAAUAAACAAUGUUUUAUACUCGGGCUGGGCCCGACGUAGGUCAGUGGUUGGUUUCUCGCUACUAGCGUCUACUCAAGGCUAGAAUUUUAGUCAAAAUCUCGAAUUCAAGCGACAUAUUUAUCACAACUCCUUCUUCAUUGUCGUAGGUGACGGACAUUUUAUUUAUCUUUAGUUUUUUCCGGAAGCUCGGCGGUAGUAUUUUCAAUCAAAUUAUUUAUCCGCCACGUCGGGUUUCCGGGCAAACGGAUGUAGCACAUUGUAAAUAUUAUUUUUACGGGAGAGGUAACUUUUGCCAUCAAAUUAGCUUUUAAAAUAUUGUGAAUAUUUUUUUUACGGAAGGCUUUAGACGGUAGACGGCGCGUUACUGCUCAUGUAUAGUACUACGAUUUGUAAUAUACGUCUUAGCAAUAAUAGCAAUCGCUGAUAAAGACAGAUAGGAGUACCUCACCAACGUUUGAGAAACGACACGAUUGACAAAGCGCAUACUCUAAAUUGUAGUACUGUAAUCUUUGUAAUUUUUUAGCAACUGUGGAUGUCGUAGUCAAUUUUUAAUAUUAUAAUGCAGAAUAAAAUAACAUAUGUAUAUUUAGCGAAAUAUCCUCUAGCGCGGAGUGCGGCCGCUCGUCCGAGAUAGUAUUUUAGUGCAUGCAGUUAUUUCUCUCAUAAAUAUUAUUAUUCAAGUGUCUUAAUCAACGGUUAGCAAUAAUAUACUAGGGUAGAAACUGUAAGAAGUCACUUGAAACGUUAAGCGACACAUCUAAGAAAUCAAUUCAUUGAUAACAAAAACAAUAAGAUGUCUCUGAAGAGAUCAGUAGAGUUCGUAAUGAACAUCAAGCAAGGACUUAUACAAAAUGUCCAGUAUUUUAGAAUAGUAUAGUCAUGCGAGCGUCCGCACUCUGUGUUAGGCUCGGUGAACUACCUAGCAAAAUCUUUUUAUUAAUAAACUAAACAAUACGAUAUUGAUAUUUUUAAAGCGAAUACAUUCCAAAAUUUCUUACGGAAUAGCGAGUAUGAACAUAGCCAAUACUUUAAAACUAGAUUUUUAGUCUAAAUCGCCGAGUUGACCAGCGUUGUUGCGAUGUACAAACUAUUGAGGUUUUGAUGCACUCGUUCGUUAAGUAGUCGAUUUAAUUAUGUACAUAUUAUUUACGUUUUGUUCUGAAUAAGUUUUUUGUGACGUUCAUUGGCUCCUCGCAUGUUGUUGACGAAUGUAAAUGUUGUGCAUACGAACGAAAUGGCAAAUAAAUAAUUAUUAUAUACAGCCAAUUGUUGGACUUUUCAUUAUUGUGUUAUGUGAGAAUGAAUAUUAAAGUACCUAUUACUGCAAUGUGUUAAAAUAUAAAUAAUGAUUCAAUGUUUCAAUCAAUUACAAUUACAAAAUAUUUAAUUUAGUCCCUUUUUUUGUACUCAGUGAACCAAGAAAGGUUUGACAAUUUUAGACGCAUCUAUAGCAAUAUGCAUAUAACAAUUUUUACUUCAAUAUACUUAACACAUUCAUGAGUGGGUACCUGUUCAUAUUUUUAAAUAAUAAUAGAUUUAAAUUAUUUUCCUGUUAACUUUUUCUUGGUUCAUUUCGUAGAAAAACAUAGGUAUACCUGAUAUUGUGCCCCAUAUGUAAAUUAGGAAGAAAUCUAUGACAAUUAAUUAUUUCACAUCCUAUAUUAUCUCUAUUUCAAGAACGAGAAUUGAGUUCCUAUAAUUUGGUUAACGAUAUUAAAUUAAUUAUAAUUUUAAAUACAUUAUAUCACACUGAAUCGAUGAAAUUAUUUAUUAAAUUUAUUUUAGUUGUGAAAACAGUAAAAGCAGAGAUUAGACAGUUAUAGAGGAUUAAUAAAAUCAAACAUAAAAUUCAUGCCCUGGAAGUUGUAAAUAUUAGGUUAGAUAGGGUGAUAGAAACAUUGUACACGUGACCCGAACAAAAUAAUGUUUCUCUUACCCCACAUGGCCUUACAAAGACAUUUUUGAAUCUCAUUCGAAGUGUCGGUAACUUUGGCACUCUAUUACAACUUUCUAUUCUCUGAUAAGUUAGUUGUUCACGUUGUACCUAUCACAUUGGUUUUACUGUUUUGUAUCUCGUGCUCGCCCAUCGAAGUGAAGUUGUAAAUUUGUAUUGAAUGAGAGUAAGAUGUUGUACAUUUUGUUGCCGGCUAUGGAUUGAAUUAAAUCAUCACAAAGUAUAAAA